GUCUAGAGUCUAGUUGUGUGUUGUUCAAUCGUAAAUCUCAAACCUGAACAGAUCGACAGCACGAGCUAAAGGUCUCCAAAUUUGAAUCUAAAAAAAAAAGCUCCAAGAUGUCCGAGCAGUUCAGCUUCAACGAAGCCUUUAACAGUCAGACCGUGCGCGGACGCGCCAAUGUAGCCAAGGCCACCUGGGCCUCUGUGGGCCUGGUCUACGUGCUGGUGAAGAUGCAUCGCCGCAACACUAAGCGCCGCGAGGCCAAGCUAUACUGCAAGGGCUGCCAGCAGGCCAUGCUAGGCUAGGAGGACGUCCUGCCCUCGGGGAUCACCGCAGCUCUACCUGAUGGGUAGGAGCACCUUCCCCACUCCAUCCAAGUGUUUUCUUUCGUUUCACCAAAUCCCAUCUCGUGUACUUUCGACGAGCUAAUAAAACUGUUGCAAUGUUUCAAUUAAA